CAUUCGCGACUUGACAAUCGGCGUGCGAUUCUGCGGGUUCCCGAGUCGAGCAUCAGCCGUGCCGGAAUUACGUAAGAAAUCGUACUUUUCGAGGUGGCGUCGUCGUGAAAUGUUGCAUAAAUUCGUCCGUGCUUAAAUCAGUCGUUAAUUCUUCCGUCGCAACCAAUCCGCCACGAUGCUGAGCCUGAAGUCGAUCUCGAAGAUCAAGCCCUGCGCGAACCUGGAGGUCGGGACGCUGUUGAAGCUGCUCCCGGCGUCGGCCCACCAGGCCCGGACCUACGCCGACCAUGUCAUCCCCGAGCGGCUCAAGGACAUGCCCCAGAACGCCAACCCGCGCUUCUUCGACAUGGUGGAGUACUUCUUCCACCGGGCGUGCGUGCUGGUGGAGGACAAGCUCGUGGAGGACUUGGCCAAGGUCAAAGGGAGCCGGUUGAACUUGGACCAGCGGAAAGCGAAAGUUAAGGGAAUCUUGACGCUGAUGGAGCAGUGCGACCAGAUCCUGGAGGUGGCGUUCCCGAUCAGGAGGGACAACGGGGAGUACCAGAUCAUCACGGGGUACAGGGCGCAGCACAGCACCCACAGGACUCCGUGCAAAGGCGGCAUCCGCUACUCUCUCGACGUCAGCCGCGACGAAGUCAAAGCCUUAUCCGCCCUAAUGACCUUCAAAUGCGCCUGCGUCGACGUGCCCUUCGGCGGCGGCAAAGCCGGCAUCAAGAUCAACCCGAAAGAGUACUCCGAGCACGAACUCGAAAAAAUCACGCGCCGAUUCGCCCUCGAAUUGGCCAAGAAAGGGUUCAUCGGGCCCAGCAUCGACGUCCCGGCGCCCGACAUGGGUACCGGCGAACGUGAGAUGUCCUGGAUCGCCGACACCUACUCCAAAACCAUCGGGUACCAAGACAUCAACAACCACGCCUGCGUCACGGGGAAACCCAUCAACCAGGGUGGCAUCCACGGGCGAGUGUCGGCCACCGGAAGAGGGGUCUUCCACGGUCUGGACAACUUCAUCAACGAGGCGGCGUACAUGAGCAUGUGCGGCACGACGCCGGGCUGGGGCGGCAAGACCUUCAUCGUCCAAGGGUUCGGUAACGUGGGGCUGCACACGAUGCGGUACUUGCACAGGGCUGGAGCGAGGUGCAUAGGAGUCCUGGAGCACGACGGGUCCAUUUACAACCCGCAAGGAUUCGACCCUAAGGACUUGGAGGACUACCGCAUGACCAACGGUACGAUUGUGGGCUUCCCGGGGGCUGAAGCUAAAGAAGGCAACAGUUUGUUGUACGAAGAGUGCGAUAUUCUAGUGCCGGCAGCCACUGAGAAAGUCAUCAACAAAGAGAACGCGCACCAAAUCAGAGCCAAGAUCAUUGCUGAAGCUGCCAACGGACCAACAACACCAGCAGCCGAUUCGAUCCUAUUGGAGAAGAAUAUCUUAGUAAUCCCGGAUUUGUACAUCAACGCGGGUGGUGUGACGGUGUCGUUCUUCGAGUGGUUGAAGAACAUCAACCACGUGUCGUACGGAAGACUUACCUUCAAGUAUGAACGGGACUCCAACUACUAUCUUUUGCAGUCGGUGCAGGAGUCUUUGGAACGUAGAUUCGGAAGCGUGGGCGGCAAAAUCCCCGUCACACCUUCGGAGUCCUUCAGCAAGAGAAUAGCAGGUGCUUCCGAGAAGGAUAUUGUGCAUUCUGGGUUAGACUACACCAUGGAAAGGUCGGCAAAGGCCAUCAUGCGAACCGCCAUGAAGUUCAACCUAGGCUUGGACUUACGAUCAGCCGCUUAUAUCAACUCAGUCGAGAAAAUCUUCACCACGUACUCAGAAGCUGGCCUUACGUUCUAAACGUUCUCCGAUACCUUAAGAACUUUACCAGUAUUUAUGAUCGCGUAUUGUUUCACUCACUCGUAUUUUAUGUACAUAAUACUACUUACACCAUUUGUUAUUGAUUUAUCUCAAUAAAAUUCUGAUAAAGUCA